ACUUGCUAACACCUAUCUAAAUUAAAAACUCCAAUGCUUCAUUAGCAACUCAAUUCUGGUUUGGGAGGUAAACAAUUUGAAUCGCUAGAUCGUCGAUUACCUUACAAAGAAGGAAAGAGAGAUCCCAAAUGGAUGGGAACUAUUCUGAUGUAUCAGAUAACCGUUGCAGCUACCAUUUUACCACUGGAGUGUUUCUCACCAUCGCCAACAUAAUCACAACCCUACUCGGCACUUUAUCUAACGUUCUUAUUGUCGUCUCUGUGUCGAGGUUACACUCAUUGUCAAAUCUUUUUAUCUUAAACCUCAGCAUUGCAGAUCUACUGGUGUGCGCUGCUGCUCUGCCGCUUAACUCUGUGUGGACAGUCCAAAAGACUCAGGGAAUUUGCCUAUCUCAGGGGUUUCUGUAUUCUCGAAGAGUCAUUCUUAGUCUGUCGUCAAGCGCCUCUCUACUCAUCUUAAGCUGGGUGAGUAUUGAGCGUUUUGUUGUCAUUUCAAGGCCUUUGAGGCACAAAUUUUACAUCACACCACGGCGAACUCGAAUCGUUCUUGUCAUUACCUGGACAUGUUCGUUGAUGUACGGCGCCGUUGCUGCGUUCGACGACAACUCUUUCAUCGCGGUUUUCUCCACAUCGGUAACAGUGACUUGUUCUGUCGUAGUUGCAGCAUGUUACUUAAACAUCUUUGUCAUUGUUUGGAGACAAAGAAGAAUUCAAUCCGAACUUCAAAGAAGUCAGCCCCAAAGUCAAGCAAUCGAGAAGCAAGUGGCUAAGACUAUGGCUCUGGUUAUCAGCGUCUUUGUUCUCUGCUUCGCUCCUCUGACCAUCGCAAGACAGACCAUAACCAAGACAUUUCACGGAGCAUUACAUGACGGAUUGUUAUGGCUAGCGCUGUCGCAUUCCGCAGUGAAUCCUGUCAUUUAUUUUCUCCGCUUCAAAGACUAUCGAACCGUUCUUAUGAGAAUUUUGCACUGCAAGAACAUUCAGGAAGGAUACUCAAGGAAAUCUGAUAACGCCUGUAUGGAUAACAAUCAAAGCGAAUUAUGCUAGAUGGUAUCUUAAUCAAGACUGCAGUUUUUCCACAUGACUCGCACGUUAGAAGCCCGUUUCUAACUCAACGCAAAAAAUAACAACUCCGUUUAUCAGUAAAUUGAGCAAAAAAAAGAGUCUUUUUUGUCUCUCGACCAACUAAUAUGAAGAAAAAACACGACAACCAUAAGAGUGUUGGGUUAGAAGAACGUUUCAAAAACAGAGAACUAUACAGUGGCGUAGCCCGAUGACAAAGAAAAGAGAAGAAAGGCGAGUACGGUGAAGUGGGGUGUACGACCCUCUUAAGAUGAGCCAGGUAAACAGGCUUGCUAGUUUUGCGGAACAAAUUAUGUUCUCUGUUCAUGAAACCGUGCAGGCCAGUUAGCAAGCGGAGA